UCAAUUUUAUCUUUUCGUUUUCCGUUUGUUAUGUGAAAAGCAUUGAAAAUUUUAAACCUUUACAUUUAAGGCCCUUAAUGCUUUGAAACCCGGACAAUGCUUAGUUAAUUUGUAAGCUUUAUCGUUAUCAAACCUCUAGUCAGUAUGAUAUUUUUAUCUACCUAUUCCCAUUUUAAUUGUCUGACUUUAUAACAUUUUAUUUUAUAAAGUAGAAUUUAAGGUUUACAAUAACGCACAAUGAACGCCAAGCAGGAUUCCAGCGAUUCCAACGAUUUGGAACAAAACAAAGCUUUUGAAAAACUUAAUUUAUCGGACUGCACAGGUACAAAAUCAAAAUUUCCUCCUCCGCCUAGACUAGCUGUAAGCGCCAAUAACUCUUAUUGCUGCUCGUCUCAGUCUGAUAGCUCUACAAACAGUAUUACUUGGGGAUCAAAUGUUUCGGUAAAAAAAUACAGAAGAAGACCAGGUUUUGCAAGAAAACUACCACCUAUGGGCAUAUUUUGGGACAUUGAAAAUGUUUGUGUACCGAAACAUAAAAGUGCUGCCUCGUUAGUACAAAAAAUUAGGGAAACAUUUCUGGAGAAUUACAGAGAAUCUGAAUUUGUGGUCGUGUGCGAUGUUAAAAAAGAAAAUCCACAAGUAUUGCAGGAAUUACACGAUUCUCAGGUUAAUUUAAUUCAUGUAUCUUCUACCUCCAAAAAUGCGGCCGAUGAAAAAUUGAGGCAAUCGUUAAGAAGAUUUGCAGAAGUUAAUCCUGCCCCAUCUGCAAUUGUACUGAUCUCAGGAGAUAUAAAUUUUGCUGGUGAUUUAUCUGAUCUCAGAUAUCGCAAAAAAAUUAAGGUAUAUUUGGUACACCAGCAAAAUGUGGCAGAAGCAUUAAUUUUCUGUGCAAACGAGCAUAUUUAUUUAAACAGACUGAUCCAAGACUUACCGAAAAGUGUAGGAAAGAAAUUUGUAGAUUCUAACACUGUGUAUUAUUUAGAAGUGACGAAUUUACCUAAAAAUAUUGAACAGGCCAGAGUAAAAUGUAGGCUUCAAAAGCUGACGGCUAACUGUGGGGGAAAAUGUAUGGAAUUCACUCCAGAUAAAAGCGUAGCUUUUCUUAGGUUUGGAAAUUACGAUUUGGCACUAAGGGCUCAGAAACGUAUACAGGGUGAAGAUGUUUUCGGCAGUAAAAUUAAGGUUUUAUCGCCUUCAUUACGUAGUUAUACAGGACAAAAAAUUAAAAAUGGUGACAACAGGUCUAGUCAGCAGCAACCAUUUAACACCAUACCUCCUCCGCCAUUGCUUGGAUUUGGCGGGUAUCCUUGUAGUUUAUCAGGCUCAGAAGUGAGAGAUUUUGGACAGAGAAGAAGGAGUCAGGAACCGGGUCCAGCAUGUAAGAGUAACCUUUUCCAUCCUAUCAAUCCCAUGGGUCCACCCCCAAUAUCACCCAUGGACAUCAGCUACGAUCAGGUACCUCAGUUCUCCAGAAGCGCCCCAGUCAGCAGACUGGGAACCCCUCAGGAACAACUAAACGCCGCUUUGGGGCCGUAUACCCUUAAUUGUAGCAGGAGAGUGCAUAAAAUCAGCGGAAGUUCUGAGCAAAGUGAUUCAGAACCAAAGAAUUUCCUUUUGAACGAUUCAAGUACAAAAAUACAAAACAAUCAACCGGUGGACUUAAACAUAACAAAUUUAGAUCCUAAUAUCGAAACUAAGGAGCUUAGAAGACUGCUUGGUGCUAUGAUUAAGGAGUAUGUUAUGAUUUUACAUCUCAACGUGGUAGUGCAGGCCGAUGGCACACCAGUGGCCAACCUCAGAGUAUUAAACGCACACGACGCGCAAUACGUCAUAUCUCAGUUACACAGGCAGAAAUUAGGGCACAAAAGAAUCGUGAUAUCUUAUACUCAGAACAAUUCUCCUGAUCCUGAUCAAUUGAAGAUCAUGGUUGUCAAUAUUUUACAGGACAUGCCAGAAAAAAGGAUGCCAUUGUUCAAAUUUAUGGAACAGCUAGAAUUGAAGUAUCACUGCACGGUCUCAGUGUCGGAAGUGAACAAAUUGAAGGAUUCUGUCAAAAUCUACGACGAAAUGGGGUCCAGGAUGAUUUCUUUAACGCAAGAGGCAAAAACUAACCCUACAAACAACUUAUCUCAGAUGAUGGUACCAUACUGUAUAAUUCAUUGUCCGAAAGGUUUACAAAGCAGAGGGUUCUUUGAAUUGAAUUCUGGAUAUAUACCUAGCGUUAUGAUGACAUUGUCACUGUUCACUGCCAAAUUAUUGGCUUUGUUGUCUUUGCAUAUGGGUUCAAUGCCACUUUUAAGCUUUCAAGAAUGUUACGAACAAGAAUACCAUGAAUCCCUCCCUGUAUCAGAAAGCGGUGUUCCCCUAGAACACCUAGUCACAUGCGUACCCAACGUCGAAAUCAAACUAGUCGGUUCGAACAAAAACGUCAAAAUCAUCCAGGAAAAACUGUGUCAGAGUGAAAACGCCGACGACCAAUGCCGUGUAGCGCCAUCUUUAGUCCCCAACGUGAACCUGCUGUGCAGGGAAGUGGUGGAUCUGUUGAAAACGACGGAGAAGUGUCAGCUGUUGCUAACCAAGUUCAUUCCGGCUUAUCAUCAUCAUUUCGGCCGUCAAUGCAGAGUGGCGGAUUACGGUUACACCAAACUCUUGGAUCUGUUUGAAUCUAUUUCUCAUGUAGUUCAGAUCAUGGGCGAUGGAACAAGAAGAAUCAUCACCUUAACCCAUUCAGCUCAAAUUCGUCGCUUCACAUCAGACCUUUUGCGAGUGCUGAAGGUCCAACCGAACAAACAAAUCACCUUUACGGCGUUUCCGGCGGCUUACGAAAAAGUGCUCAACAAACAAUUCAACCCGGUGGAGUACGGACUGUGCACCUUCGACGACCUGUUGCAAGAAGUCUCGGAAACCACCGUAGUGAUCACGAGAUCAACCACUGACAAUAACGUGUUCAUUUCCGUACCGAAAAGGGAACAAACAUCUGAGGAGAUCGUCAGGACCAAGCAAUUUGCAAAUGAGGUAGUAGAUUUAUUAAGGCACACCCCGUACUAUACCAUGCUUUUUAACCGAUUCGUUCCCUCAUACCAUCAUCAUUUUGGUCACCAAUGCAAGGUUUCCGAUUAUGGCUUUACCAAACUAACCGAACUUUUCGAAGCUAUUCCAGACGUGGUAGAGAUAAAAGAACUGCCCGAUGGUGAGCGUAUUGUCUGCCUAACUCUGGACCAAUCGCUGAAAAUCUUGGGAUCGCAGGUUAUCCAGCUCAUUAAAGGUCCAGGAGGGGGCAGCUUAAGAGUGGAUGACUUUCCCAUGUUUUAUUUCAAAGAAUACAAUUAUCCUCUGAAUCCUCAAGUCUACCAGUGUGAAACUAUAGUUGAAGUGGUGGAAAAACUCUCGGACUAUGUUCAGGUAAUCCAUAGCAAUGGUGGGUCAUUGCUUCGUCCAAUCGACAUGGAUAUGCUUCCCGAUAUUCUGAGGGUUAGGAGUUGGGCUCUGUUGCUCAACCCUCCACACGUCAAGGACUUCAACACCUUCAAAUACGAAUACCAGUGCAGUUACAACAGCAGUUUCUCAAUGGAUGCCAUCAGAGAUAUCUCUAACGUAGUUACAAUAUCUUCAAUGAACAACAUGGAAUUCAUAUCGCUAACCGCCCUCUACGUCCUCGCCGCUCAACUAUACUACGUGAUCUGUACCAACGGGGGUUCCGUCCUGUUCUCCCAACUGGAGAAACUCUACAUGGAACACUACAACAAGCCGAUAAAACUGUCGAACUUCAAUAUCAACUCGCCCAACGAGCUGUUCAACUAUUUCAGUUCGAUAUUUUUUAUCAGGAGCAACAAGAAGAAAAGCGUGGUCGUGUUGAAUAGGAACCUUCAAGAACAACUAACGCCAUUAACGAUGAACCAGAUGGAUUGUAAUUUAGCAACAGAAGCUUCUGAUGACAUGGAAAGACAGAAUCAUUGGUGUGUCCCUGGUGGAGGAUCAUCGCAAAACGACGCGUGUCAAGGAGCGAAAAAGAAGUAUUCACCUCCCAAGCCUGAUACUCCUCCAACGCCGGGUUCAGGCUCAAUAUGGAGCACCCCUUCCAAAUAUGAAGGCUCUAUGAGUUUUUCUGUGAGCGUUCCUAUCUCACUGAACCCUACCUUGAUAGGCAACACGGAACAUCUAGUCUCACCUGCCCGUUAUUUAACAUCCAACCCUUGGAAUUCACCCAAGACCUUGAUGGUACCGCCCGAGCCAGCAGAACUACCAUUGCCUGAUAAGUUAUUACGUAAAAAUUUACUCAAAGAAGGAAUGUCCGAUGAUAGUGCCGACUCUGGAGUUAAUAUCAAAUUGGAUAAUUCCCCGUCAGAUUACGAAUUUGAAUCUUCCUCUUCUGAUAAUCAAGGUGUACCAAAGAAACUUUACAGCACCUUUUUAAAUUUCAAAUAGAUGUCGCCCGGUGUCCGCAGCAUGAAAAUACUUCUAGGAGUCUUUGUAUAGUUAGGUUGUAAAUUUUGUUAACCCUACUUUUUUCUAAGGCUAGAUGAGAUGCUAGAUGAGAUACGUAUAUACAUAUUAAGUCAUUCUUCUUAAGUAAGAGUCUGAGGCUGUGAGAAAGAGCAUAUAAAUUCUUAUUUUAAAAUAUUUACUCGUUUUAAGUGCUGAAAAAAAUCACCUAAAUAUAAGAAAAUUAUGUUGUUUUUAUGGCUUAAGAUUCCUCUUAUUCGUUUUCUGUUAUGAAAUGAAGUGUUUACCCUUCUUUACCUCUUUAUUGCUGUAUUUAAUGCUAUAUUUUAAAUUUAAGUAGCAUCUAGUUUGAAAUAAAAAGACCUUGUCCUCAUUUACAUUCCUUUUAAAAUAAUUGUGAAUAUUUUGUAAAAGUUGAUUUUAAAUGUUUGUGAAAAAAGUUGAUAUCAUAUAUUUCUCAAUUGUUAGGUUAUUUAUUUUUAUUGUGUUCUCCCCAAAGGGCCUUUAUAUGAUAUCAACUUUUAUAGUCAUGUUUUGUAAAAUUAAUUGUGUAAGAUUAAUUUAAAUUGUGAUGUAAUUAUGAAGCAUCAUUUCUUUCUGUAAUAUGCCAGCCUUUUACAAUUUUAUAUAACUUAUUUUUAUAAUAUUUUUAUUUGUGACAAAUUCGUGUAGAGUUUAGGCAUAACUAUAUAUCUGUACUUAAAAUAGAUCGUAAUAGUAUUUGCCAAAAAGAUUGUGGAUGUAAUAUUAAUAUUUUCAAUAAAUAAAUGUUUCAAAUUA